CUUCCUGUCAUGGCCGCUGGCGGGCAGCGGGAGCGUGGUGAGGCGGCGCGGUCCGGCGCCCUCGGCGGCUGAGGUUUCCGUGCGGGAGGCGCGGAGCGGGACGGUUCACCCAGAGCGGAGCCGGCGGCAGGAGAUAACGCUGAAGUACCUACUUCCAAGCUUUCCACCGCUUUUCUCCUUAAACUUCCCCUUGGGGUCAGCUGGCUGUCAGUAUGCCUUCUACCAAGAACACCUCAAAACUUUUCCUGGCCCUCAUUUCACUGCUGCUGAUGCUGCCAGUAGCUGAAGCCCUGGAUGCAGGAGAUACCAUCGCCUUCCUGCUAGGCCUUGCCAUCAGUGUCAUUGGAUUCUGUGCCUGCCUUGGCUUGUACGCAAGGAAAAGGAAUGGGCAGCAGUGAUUUCAAGAAGAUGCUCAGAUGAAGUGAAUUUCCAAACAUGGCUUGGGGUUGAGAUCUGGGAUGUGAGACUGAGCUUUGGUUCUGGAUGACUUUCAGAAACCACGGAGUAGGUAUUUUUGCAAACCCCUCUUACUGUGCAAGGCAGCAGAAUCAAGACUGUACACAGUAAAAGGGAUUUGUGGGAUCUGUCCUUGUGACAGUAAGAUGGUUUUGUAUUGCUUGUGUUUAAUUGUGAUUAAAUACUUUCUUAGAGAAGGAUAAGAACUUUCUGAAUGGGGAAGAAAAACAACAGUGGUUCACAGUAAAUGUUUAUAAAUGGAACAUGUGUGGGAGACCAUCAACAAGUUCCUCAAUUUUGGUUUCAAGGGUUAAUCAGGAGGAUGCAGCUAUUAAUCUUAUAGUCAGAACGAGAGAGCUUUGGAAGUACUCCUAACUAGAUAGCUAGUGAGCAGACUGCUUUGACUUGUGUGCACAUGCUCACAUUCUUCAUAAUGACAGUUAACACCUAACAGGUCACUUCUGUUACAGGGAUGAGACUUCAGAGAACAUUUAAACCAUUUUUUUUACUUAUUUUAGAACAUGCCUCUCCUGUAGCCUGUGUUCUGGUUACCAAGCAGAUACACUUAAGAAUGGAGCCAGUAGUUUUCUUUAAUGUGUAUUUCACAGAAAAGUACAUGUAAGGCUACAUAUAUUAGAUUAGGGAUAUGGGGUUUUUCUCUACUUUUUUGUACUCAGAUUUCUAUUAGGCACACGAGGUUUAAGGCUUAUUUCAUUCGGUGUUUGUAAUUUUUUCCCCAAAACAGAAGUUAAUGUAUUUUAAUGAUGAAUUAUGUGUAAUACUUCUGCAUUAGGGGGCCAUUAGAAUUAUAACGAGACAGUUGUGCACAUACUUCUUUUGGAAAUGUUGUGUUAAACUCCUGGGUUUAGUCAACAGGUCCAUUGUUCUUAAGUGUCUUCCUCAUGACAAACUUAUGCUGCUAGCUAAGUGUUUGGGCUGCUUACCUGACUGAUGCAUAUAUGUUCCACAAAAGAUUGGCACCAAAACCAAAGUAAAAAAUCCUGAUGCAAAAUGGGUGAUGUAAGUUGUCUUACUCUAUUCAUGCUCAGUCGGAUUGUAUGGUGUAUGGUUGAAAGACUACUCAGUAGCAUAUCCAGGACCCUUUUCUUUCUUUAAGUACCAAAGGUGAGAUGGCACAGCCAAGAAUGUGUACCACAAGUCCCUCUGGCUUGUUAGGAUGCUCUAGCCUCUGCUUGAGCGCAGUCUGUAGGAGCAGCAGUAUAAGGAGCACAGGAAGGUGAGCUUUCCACAGUUCACAGAAUUUCCUUCUGAUUUUGUGGUGUGAACGCUGCCACUUUUACUAGAAAUCUUGGCUUUUAUCUUUCAGAGCUGGGGAAGAAGGUUAAACAUGAUGCAGUGCCACAUAUUUUGAUAUUGUUCCUCCUUCUGUGUCUCUGUUCAAUAGAGCACAAAGAACAAUGGCUAGAGGAGUUGUCAGACAGGGCUGUAGUGGGUGGGCAGAUCAUGUAAUCCAAAUCAUAAGAUUUCUGUAUGCCAUUUGUGACUGGUUUGACUUUGCUUUCCAACCUCUAAGGAGGCAGAAGCCCUGGUGAUUUCAGUCUUGCAAUUUAUACCCCUCUCAUGGUUGAUGAAGGGAAGAAAGUAGAAGGAAAGCUCCUGAAAUUGUGUGAGGUUAAAACUACAGGACUCCACCCAGCAAGCCACAAGAAUGUAGGUUUCUGCUCUGAAGUUACAGGGAUAGUAAUGGUCACAAAGUUACUCUGAUGAGAUUUAAGUCUUGCCAGAUAGCUCUUCUUGAGCCCUUUUUGUGACUUCCAAAAGGCAGAAAGGGACAUAGUGCACAAGUACUAUGUACAGGUGAAAUUUACAGCCCUAAGAAGAGCUUCAGCCAGUAGUGUCACCUUUGAAAGCUGCCUAGCAACAGUAGAUGACCCUGAAUCUGAUUUUUCAACUGGGUGGAUGCAAGCACACAUUAAGUGUGAUCUUCCAUGUUCCAGCUUGGCUAAACUAUUACCCUGGGAAAAACAAACAACAACCCACAAAACCAUCACACCAUUAACUUUGUAUUUUCCAAAGUUAGAGAAUAUUGCCAAUUUUUCAGAAGAAUAUUAAAUACUGCUCUCUCAAUAGGAUAAAUUUUAUCACAAACAGCUUUUUGCAGACUCUUUUAUCUUUACAUUGGAAAAGAUCUGUGGCAGUAGUUUUGUAAACCUGUGCGAUAGUUUCAUUGCAGGAGAGCUAAACUUUAGCAGAGUAAUUAGCAUCAGGUGACAGGGGUAUGUGGAAAUGUGUUCUUUGCCCAAAGCUCUAUGUUCUAUUGAAAGGUGUUUGCACUGUGUAAUGUGUUGUUUCCUGGGUUCUGACAGAAGCUUUAUUGUUAAAGACUUGCAUUUGUUAAUGGCUGAGUGUAAAAUUGGAUACUCCUGUUUUUUCUUUUGUCUUAAUAAACUUUCAUGUAUGAUUUGUCAUCA